AUGAAGUUUGCCGAGAUCUUCACUGCCGCCACAGCUCUCCUUCCCGCUACUCUUGCAUGCAACGGAUACACCGGUGGUGUUCCCCAGGCUGUUGGCACCAAGUCGAACAGCAAGGUCAUCGAAGUCGGCGCUGGACAGACCUACGACGGACAAUGGUACAGGUUUGACCGUGGCAAUGGUGCCUGCAAUGGUCAGACCGAGGGCGGAGCUUCGGACGCCGUCUUCUUGCUGAAGGAGGGCGCUACGCUUCGCAAUGUGAUCAUCGGCAAGCACCAGUCCGAGGGCGUUCACUGCCAAGGCCACUGCACUCUCGAAUUUGUCUGGUUCGAGGACGUCUGCGAGGACGCCAUCUCCAUCAAGCAAGACAAGCCCGGCAAGCAGUCUUGGAUCAUUGGAGGAGGUGCCUACCACGCUGCAGACAAGGUCGUCCAGCACAACGGCUGCGGUACCGUCAACAUUAUCAAUUUUUACGUCAACGACUACGGCAAGCUUUACCGCUCAUGUGGAAACUGCUCGUCGCAAUGCAAGCGCACUGUCUACAUCGAGGGUGUUACCGCCGUCAAAGGAAACGAGUUGGCUGGUAUCAACAGCAACUACGGAGACACUGCAACCCUGAGAAACGUUUGCUCCGACGCAAAGGUCAAAUGUCAGAUGUACACUGGAUGUGCUGGUGGCUGCGAGCCCCAGAAGGCAGGCGUUUGCUCUGGCUAA